ACGAACCGCAAUAACGGAUUCCAGCCCCCAUUCGCUCGCUCAACGUCUCACAAGUCGUUUGAAAUUUAAAGCUCUCGUUCUAAAAUCUUCUACUUACAGAUGUCUAGCCGAGAAUACCCGAAAGUGUGGAGUCGAUUCGAGAGGAUAGUCGAUGAUGCGACCCUUCGGUUUGAAAUAUCCGAUAUUCCGGAUUCUAUGUGGAGUACUGCCGUGGAGUUUAUGCUUGGAAAUUACAUUCGAGAAGACGUGUGGUGGAUUGCUGCAGGUACAGCGAAGAGCCUAGAGGCAAUACAAGAGUACAGAGUGCUCCUGACAUCGAUCAUUAGGCAGAAAAUGAGUUUGGCGUGCUUCCUGGCUGAGGGCGACGGCUCAGGGCGCACACUCGUCGGCGUCAAUAUGUGCUUGCCCCAGGAAAAUGGACGCUUCGUUGAGCACAACCCGCCAAAAACAAAGGCUGGUUUGAUGUCACUGCGGAUGUUUGUGGAGGCCAUGAAAGUGACAGUGAUCUAUGACACAUAUGGCGUGGAGAAAUACCUUAUGGGAGCUGGUCUCUCUGUCACGCCGGAGUACAGGGGGCUAGGGAUAGCGGUAGAACUGCUUAAGGCAAGAAUGAAACUCGCAAAGGAGCUGGAUUUUCCAGCUAUUGGCGGCAUCUUCACCAGCGCUUCAUCUCAACGUGCAGCAGAGAAGGCUGCCAUGGACUGCCUCUACCAAGUCACAUACAAAAAGUUCGGCAAACAGUGCGGCGUGAAUUUUGAUACCAAUACCGAAUACCUGAAAAUAUUCGGCGUCAAAGUUGCAGAUAAACAAGAGCAAUAAAUAUAAAACUUGUCCGCCAUUACACAAUAUCCAAAGACGUUUGUAUUGAACUUAUAAAUCUACCCUAAUUUAUUUCGAGUUCGAAAUGGAUUUAUAGGAUAUAUUCUGUUAUUUUGUCAUACAAAAUUUAUAUUACCAAAGCAAUGAAGUAAUAAAAUGCUUUCAAAAACUUA